GUGGGAGUAUGUAGAAGGACACAAGGAUCAGUACAAGGAUCAGGUCAUGAUGGAGGAUCAGCAGCCCCUCACAUCACCAGUCAGAGCCAAUAGGAGAACAGCACCAGAGAGGUGUCCCCGUCCUCUUCUUCCACAGGAUGAUCAGGGUGAAGAUCUGAACAAUAUUAAUGCUCCAGAGACAGAUGUGAGCGGUGAUGAGCAGUAUAAGGAGGACAUUCCAACAGGAAAAGAUCUGAACAAUAUUAAGGCUACAGAUUUGAAGGAGGAAGAGACAGAUGUGAGCGGUGAUGAGCAGAAUAAGGAGGACAUUCCGACAGGAAAAGAUCUGAACAAUAUUAAUGCUACAGAUAUGAAGGAAGAAGAGACAGAUGUGAGCGGUGAUGAGCAGAAUAAGGAGGACAUUCCAACAGGAAAAGAUCUGAACAAUAUUAAGGCGACAGAUAUGAAGGAGGAAGAGACAGAUGUGAGCGGUAAUGAGCAGAAUAAGGAGGACAUUCCGACAGGAAAAGAUCUGAACAAUAUUAAUGCUACAGAAAUGAAGGAAGAAGAGACAGAUGUGAGCUGUGAUGAGCAGUAUAAGGAGGAUAUCCCGACAGGAAAAGAUCUGAACAAUAUUAAUGCUACAGAUAGUGAGGAAGAAGAAGAGACAGAUGUGAGCGGUGAUGAGCAGUAUAAGGAGGACGUUCCUACAGGUAACCACCCAGAUUCUUGUACCAGGAGAUCAGAGGAGAAUCUUAUAUCUUCAGAUUAUAAAGCAGAUGAUGAUAUCACACAAGAUACAUAUGAAGAACAUUCCAUUAUCCCAGAUACACCCUCAGCCCUUCACAGCCAAGAUCUGUCAUCUCAUCCUUAUAUACAGGUCCUGUCUUCUCAGUCAUCACAGGAUGUUCAGCAAAAAAAAGAGAAGCCAUUUUCAUGUCCACAAUGUGAGAAAUGUUUUACUUGGAAACCAGACCUUGUUAGACAUCAAAGAACUCACACAGGAGAGAAACCAUUUUCAUGCUCAGAAUGUGGAAAAUGUUUUACUCAGAAAUCAGACCUUGUUAAACAUCAAAGAACUCACACAGGAGAGAAGCCCUUUUCAUGUGCAGAAUGUGGGAAAUGUUUUGCUGAUCAAUCAAGUUUUAUUCAGCAUCAAAGAACUCACACAGGGGAGAAGCCAUUUUCAUGUGCAGAAUGUGGGAAAUGUUUUACUUUUAAAUCAGGUCUUGUUGUACAUCAAAGAACUCACACAGGAGAGAAGCCAUUUUCAUGUUCAGAAUGUGGGAAAUGUUUUACUGAGAAAUCAGGUCUUGUUUUACAUCAAAGAACUCACAUAGGGGAGAAGCCAUUUUCAUGCUCAGAAUGUGGGAAAUGUUUUACUUUUAAAUCAGGUCUUGUUGUACAUCAAAGAACUCACACAGGGGAGAAGCCAUUUUCAUGCUCAGAAUGUGGGAAAUGUUUUACUUUUAAAUCACAUCUUGUUGUACAUCAAAGAACUCACACAGGGGAGAAGCCAUUUCCAUGUUCAGAAUGUGUAAAAUGUUUUACUCAGAAAUCAGACCUUGUUGUACAUCAAAGAACUCACACAGGGGAGAAGCCAUUUUCAUGUUCAGAAUGUGGGAAAUGUUUUGCUCAGAAAUCAGAUCUUGUUAAACAUCAAAGAACUCACACAGGGGAGAAGCCAUUAUCAUGCUCAGAAUGUGGUAAAUGUUUUACUUUUAAAUCACAUCUUGUUGUACAUCAAAGAACUCACACAGGGGAGAAGCCAUUUUCAUGCUUAGAAUGUGGGAAAUGUUUUACUUCUAAAUCACAUCUUGUUGUACAUCAAAGAACUCACACAGGGGAAAGGCCAGUUUCAUGCUCAAAAUGUGGGAAAUGUUUUACUCAGAAAUCAGAUCUUGUUAGACAUCAAAGAACUCACACAGGAGAGAAGUCAUUUCAGAGCAAUAAAUGCGGUAAGUCUAACCAAAAUAAAAGCCACAGAAGGGGUGUUACACAUAUAAGAGCUCAUACAGGAAAGAAACCAUAUUCAUGCUCAGAAUGUGGGAAAUGUUUUACUUUUAAAUCAGGUCUUGUUACACAUCAGAGAUAUCACACAGGAGAGAAGCCAUUUUCAUGUUCAGAAUGUGGAAAACGUUUUCCUUAUAAAUCACAGCUUGAUAAUCAUCAGAAAAUUCACACAGGGGAGAAACCAUUUUCAUGUUUAGAAUGUGGGAAAUGUUUUACUUCUAAAUCAAAUCUUGUUGAACAUGAAAGAACUCACACAGGAGAGAAACCAUUUUCAUGUUCAGAAUGUGGAAACGGUUUUACUUUGAAGUCAAAUCUUUCUAGACAUCAAAGAAUUCAUAGUGGAGAGAAGCCAUUUUCAUGUUUAGAAUGUGGAAAAUAUUUUACUUCUAAAUCACAGCUUGAUAAUCAUCAGAAAAUUCACACAGGGGAAAAACCAUUUUCAUGUUUAGAAUGUGGGAAAUGUUUUACUUCUAAAUCAAAUCUUGUUGAACAUCAAAGAACUCACACAGGAGAGAAACCAUUUUCAUGUUCAGAAUGUGGGAAAUGUUUUACUCAGAAAUCAAGUUUUGUUGUACAUAAAAAAACUCACACAGAGGAGAAACCAUUUUGCUGUGCAGAGUGUGGGAAAUGUUUUAUAUUGAAAUCACAACUUGUUCAACAUCAAAGAACUCACACAGGAGAGAAGCCAUUUUCAUGUUCAAAAUGCGGGAAAUGUUUUGCUCGGAAAUCAGGUCUUCUUCAACAUCAAAGAACUCACACAGGGGAGAAGCCAUUUUCAUGCUUAGAAUGUAGAAAAUGUUUUACUCGGCAUUCAUAUCUUGUUCAACAUCAAAGAACUCACACUGAGGAGAAGUCAACUCAUAGCAAUAAAUGAUGCAGAAAACACAUCUAUAUAUUAAAGGGGUACUCCUCCCUUGGAUAUCUUA